GAGUAACAGCGGAAAGAAAGAGCGAGGCUGCAGCUGAGCCAACAAAAGCAUCAGCCCCGGCCCAGGCGCUCGAGGAGAGCGCGGGAGAGGAGCGGAGCUGCAGGAGCACCAGCCCCAGCGCAGGCAGCAGGCAGCCGCCAGCACAGGACGCGAGGCAGGGGAGCAGGCGACAGAGCUACAGCUCCCUUUCUGGUGGGGAAAACCCACAGCAGAGAGGGCAAGCAGCUGGUGCGAUGACAGGCAGAAACUGAAGAGUUUUUGGAGCAUUCUGUUCUUUCACAGAUUACCCAAUCCACUUACUGGAAAGUGACAACCAGUAGGACACAAGUCCACCCUGGGUAAACUUGGCAUUUGAUAUAAUUUCUGUUUGUGAAAGGGGGAAAGAUUUUUCAUGUGAUUUUUCUCUCUAGCUGAGCAACAGACACACCAAGAAACAUGCCAGAGCAAAGCAAUGAUUACAGGGUUGUUGUGUUUGGGGCUGGAGGAGUUGGCAAAAGUUCUCUGGUCUUGAGAUUUGUGAAAGGUACUUUCAGAGAGAGCUACAUCCCUACCAUAGAAGACACCUAUCGGCAGGUGAUCAGCUGUGAUAAAAGUAUAUGCACUUUGCAGAUAACUGACACUACCGGAAGCCAUCAAUUUCCAGCCAUGCAACGUCUUUCUAUUUCUAAAGGACAUGCUUUCAUUUUGGUUUACUCUAUCACCAGCCGACAGUCCUUGGAGGAACUCAAACCGAUCUAUGAACAAAUAUGCCAGAUUAAGGGAGAUGUAGAAAGCAUUCCUAUAAUGCUGGUGGGGAACAAAAAUGACGAGAAUCAAAAUCGAGAAGUGGACAGCAGUGAAGGAGAAGCCAUGGCCAAGAAGUGGAAGUGUGCCUUCAUGGAGACCUCUGCCAAGCUGAACCACAAUGUGAAGGAGUUAUUCCAAGAGCUGUUAAACCUAGAAAAACGCAGGACUGUGAGUUUACAAAUUGAUGGCAAAAAAAGCAAGCAACAGAAAAGGAAAGAGAAGCUGAAAGGCAAAUGUGUGGUCAUGUGAUACUGCACUAACAGAAGUCAGUCAUGCUGUCUCACCUGCCUGAUAUUUCCUAUAGACAGCAAACAACCAUACAAGACCCUAUUGAUAGGUAUCUGUUUUGAAAGAAAUAUUUGUAAUUUGAAAAAAAAAAAAAGUUACUGUGGUUACUAUGAAAAAAUUUCAAAAUUUGUAUGUUCCAGAUAUCAGUGAAAAAAAAAAAAAAAAGAUCCAGGAUACCUAAUUUAAUAAUUUACAUAGUAAAAGAAAUUUCAUCUUUAGCAUACUGUGGAAGAUUUGGGAAGUCAGCAUCAUAACAUUUAUAUUUGCAUGUAACUGCACUGGAAAGCAAUGUAUAAUGCUAGUAGAAAAACCAAUGUCAACAAAGAAGCCGAGGACAUAUAACUGCAUGUUGGAUGAAGUUACCGUACUCUGUAAGAGUGCUGUGGACAAAUGGUUCUGUGCAAUUUUCAGUACGGACUGCUGGGGCAGUGUGCAUAAAGUAAUCUCAGAUCUGCCAAAUUAUUUCUCACUAAAGGGAAAUAUGAUUAGAAGGAAUGUUAGAAGGAAUGGGGAUUUUCUUUAUCGCCCCCGGCAUGAGAUGUCUUUCUUGUAUGAUGCAGUGUUUGAAUUGGAAGAUGAGGAAAAGCCAGCACCUAUAUGAGAGAAGGAGAUCAUCUUUUCUGCACCUAUCACUCCAGGAAUGGCCUGUACUUUUGGCCCCAAGAUACUUCAGAAGAGCAGAUGUUUGCCAUUGGAGAAUGUCAGAUCAUAAAAACAGUGUGUACGUACAAACAAACAGAAUACUUCCCACGGAGGACUGGCUGGGGAGUUCUGUGCAAAACCUCUACUGAAAAGACUCAGUUUAAGAGCUGGCGAUGGAUAAAUGAACAGAUAGUGUGAUGUGCGAAUGGACUGAAAGUUUGUUGAACUUGUUGAUGCUGUUGGAGAGGGGUCAGUGUAGUACAGAAAGGUUUUGUUCAAAUUGCCAUAUUAGUUGAGUAAAACUUCUUUCCAUCACUAUAUUCCAGUUAGAAUGGUUUUGCAUUCAUACAUUGCUAGGUUUGUUGCCUUUAUAUUGUCUAAAGGGUUUUAUAUUCACUGUUUAAACACACAAUUUGAACUGCUGUGACUAUUAUAGAGCCAAAUCCUACAUCUGGUGUUAGGACCCACAAGAGUCUCUAACAGAAGACUUGCUGGGUAAGUACUACAGGAUUUGGCAUAUUAAGAGUUGCAAUCAGUACUGUGUUACAGAGCAAUACAAGGCUCAGAAUAUAAAUAAUAAUAAAAAAACUGGUUCAAACCACUCUGUCAGGGGAAACUGUUCUUCUCAAAAUCUUCUAAAGGGGAUAAAUGCUAAAAAUGUGAGCUUUUCUGGAUUUCUCUUAAAACCUUUUUUAAAAAAUAAAUGAAUGAGUAAAGUAUGUAUCCUACUCAUAACAAAGAUCAUCAAAGAUAAAAGAAGCACAUACAUUUUUUUUUUUUAUUUUUUUUUUAAGACAUCAAAAUUGUAUAAGCUACAAUUUGCACAUUAGGAACUGCUUUGAAAUAAUAAAACCAACGUCAUAUUUUAGGGAAACUUUUACAUCAAAACCAUAGUAUGAGAAAAUGCCGUCAAGUAUUAUUAAUAGUAGUAUGCAUGCUGUUGCAUUAUAAAUGUCUUCUAAUAGCUGUUCAAAUGCAGUAUUGACAUUAAGAAUUGUUACCUUGUUGCUCUUAAAGCUAUUGCUUGUUUACCUUCUACCUUUCCAAACAAAAGUGCAGAUAUUUCAUAAGUAGUGUGAUAGUAUACAUGUCUUUGAGCAAAAACUGCUGUUAGCACUAUCUAGAAAGGAGCACAAUUUAUGUCAUUCACUCAGAAUAAGUCCUGGCAGCAUUAAUAACAAGGGUAAAACUCCUAUUGAUUUUAAAGAAGAUACAGUUUUGAUGUUUAUGAUGUUAGAAAAGAAAAUUGGAGAGAGCAGGAAAAAGGCUAAGAUGCUUCCUUAGCAAUAAUUUCCUGGCUCUUAAGCAUUGCUUUUUCUCCAUAAGUCUCAAAGCACUUUACACAAAGGAUAGCAUCAUUACCUUAACUUUGCAGAUGGUGAAACUGAGGCACAAAGAGAGGAAGCAACUGCACAAGGGUACCCAUUAGGUUAGUGACAGACCAAGGUAGAAAAACAGAUCUCCCCACUCCCCAUCCAGUGCUCUGUCUGCCUUUGGUCAGACUGACUCUUCAGACCCUUACAUACUUCCUAAAAAAUAUAAAGAAGCCUGGUAUAGCUUACACAGCUAAGUGAAUCUUUUCCUUCUCAGUGUGUCAAUAGGUCAAACAGUAUUUCCAGAUCAGGGAUGCAAAACAUUCAAAAGCACUAUGUUAAGUAUGACUUUUCUACGUUUUUACACAUUUACUCUGUUUGUAAGCAAAUGGUUCAAGAUACUUAUCUUUACAGCACUGGAUUCCACUAACAGAACUGCAAAAUCCAAAGCAGGACUACAGCUGGGGAGCAAUGAGUCAUAUACUGAGGUCAGCAGGACAGGGAUGUCCCACUGAUGCACUGAUGCCAAAAGGUCAUUAUGCAUAAUGCACUUCUACGAGACCAGCAUGGAAUUACAAUAGAAGCCAAAA